CAAGCAUAGGCUUCUAGUGCUUGUGUACGAUGCUCGAGCCGCUGCGGCAGCUUGAAAUCGGACUCCAAGCAAUCAACCCUCCCGCAGGCAAUUUUACUCCGUAUUUUUGACUGUAUCGAAAAGUCUGGCCCCGUUUUUCUGGGUUAUGCAUGGUGCAGUGGGCUUCCGAUUCACAACACAAAAACGUCAUACAACAAAUAGUUUGAUCGGACUUGUGUUGAAUUCUAUGAACUCGGCAUUACCCAUUGGCCCCCCCGCCUCCCUCUCAAAACAUCAGCAUCUCACUGCUGAAACCAUCAGAAAAUCGUCAACCACAACUGACAGGUGACUCCUCUGAUGGAAUGCGACUCGAUACAUCACGGACAUUCGUUGUGGCAGGUAACAAUACUGACAAAUUUAGCAUCCUGCCGCUAGGAGGGGCCAGACCCCAAUCGCGCAUUGCUAGGGAGGUCCUGACUAAUAUUAGCAUCCUAUACCAGGAGUAAAUUAUACAUGUAUCUCAUUGAACGGCGAUGGCCUGUGAUCUAGUGAGGUCGACUAAUUAUCUACAGUAGACGGAGUAGAUAGAUUCCUAUCUAUGGAGGAUAUACUCUUAUUGCCAACACGGUAUUGGCUUAUCCCUUCACUCCACCAUCGAUAUGGUUCGCCUAUUAUUUAUCCCUUUCCCACUCAACCGCAACCAAGUCAACUUGUUUUUCUCAUCGCCAGCAGCAUGAGUGACACCACGAACCUUCUAAGAAUGCUAGUAUCAAUUUCAACAACACCUAGCGAGUCCGGUCGCUGUAUAGUGGUCGAUCUGAAUUUAUUGGAAUCUAAGGGGGACCCGCUUUUCCUCCAAGUGCGGACUCGACUCCGUCCCUCACAAGUCCUUCGCCUGCCUUACGUUGGUAUGCAGCGCCCUGUUCGCGCGUUGGAAUUUCGGUCGCCUAGAUGCCUUGGACUUGCUUUUGCCUCUUGACACGUAUGUGUGUAGAAAACGGCAGACAACUGAGGCCUAAAAAAAAAUGAAAGAAAGGUAAAUGUUAUAACGGUCCAUUCUGUGGCACUACCGUGAUCCCCGUUUGCAGGUUGAACUCAUUCUUGUCCUUG